AAUGUAGUGGUACAGGCCAUGUACACAAAGCGACAGACACCGGAUUUAAAUGCAAGCACGAUGGAAGAAAUGAGCGAAAAACAAAAAAGAAGCAGCAUCUGGCUGCCUUUCAAUGAUAUUGGAGAGACUGCAAAGCCAAAUUGGGCUAAAAUAAAAGGCUUUGAGUUCAACUAAACGAAGAGCCAUUUGGGAGCCGUUUUAAGGAAGCCGAGCCAAAAGAUCCGAAUCUUUGAAAAUAGCCGGGACUUCAUAUCACUAGAAAGCAAAAGUGUUUCAAUCGCAGCUCAUAAGUCCUGAAAAAAAUCUGUUUUAAUGUUUUCUGUAAGGUUACACAUGGGCGUUUGCAAGGAAUGCAAGAUGUUAAUGUUAAACAAAAUCUAGGUCUGAAUAUGGUGUUACUGGGGAAGACAGGAGCUGGUAAGAGUGCAACUGGAAACACAAUACUGGGACGACCAGCUUUCAUAUCAAAGAAAAGCUCCAACACCAUCACACAAGAUGUCACUGUGGAGUCUGGAACUGUGUGUGGAGUCCAGGUCAAGGUUUAUGACACACCAGGAUUCUGUGACACACAGAUGAGAGAACAGGAGAUUCAGGAGAAAUUUCAGAAUGUUCUGCAGGAAUGUGAAUCUAAACCCUGUGUGUUUCUGCUGGUCAUGAGAGCAGACAGAUUCACCGCUGAAGAACAAAACACUGUGAAGAAGAUCGAGAAACUCCUGGGACAACAGCGAAUACAAAAGACCUGGAUUCUCUUCACCAGAGGAGACGAGUUAGAAGAUGAAAACAUGACAAUAGAGGAUUUCAUUAAUGACACUGAACCCUGGAAGAAACUGAUUCAGAAAUAUGAGGGAAGAUACCAUGUGUUCAACAACAAGAAUAAAACAUCUGACCAAGUGAACAUGCUGCUGAAAAAAGUUUCUAAACUAUAUAAACAGUUUAAAGAAAUGGUGUCAGGAGGAGUGAAAAAACUGAAAGAGAUUCCAGGAAAGAUGAAUGAAAGUCUCCCACACAGAAGAGUUGUGCUUCUGGGUAAAACUGGUGUAGGAAAGAGUGCAGCUGGAAACAUUUUACUGAGAAAGAAGGCUUUUAAAUCUGAACUGAAUACAAACUCUGUAACCACUGAAUGCUCUGUGAGACGUGCUGAUGUUGAGGACUGGAACGUGUCUGUAGUUGAUACUCCUGGAUUCUUUGACACACAGAUGGAUGUUGAGAAGUUAAUAGCAGAGAUAGACAGAAGUAUUCUUGUUUCCAGUCCUGGACCUCACGCUUUUCUCAUUGUGUUUCCUGUGAAUAAGAGGUUCACUGAGCAGGAACAAGAGAUUCUUCAGAUGAUUGAGAUGCUGUUUGGAGAAGAUGUGUUAAAACACUCCAUCAUCCUCUUCACACAAAGAGAUCAGUUAAAGGGAGGGUCGAUAGAGAAACUCAUUGAAGGGAAUUCUGCUUUGAGAGAUCUAGUUAAACAGUGUGGAGGCAGAUAUCACGUCUUUAACAAUGAAGACAAGAGCAACAGAGAUCAGGUCAGUGGUCUACUGCAGAAGAUUGACACGAUGAUCCAGAAGAACGGAGGAGGACACUACACAUGUGAGAUGUAAAAGGAGGCACUGAGACUAAAACAAGAGAGACAGAGAGAAGAAGAAGAGAUGCAGAGAGAGACAGAUGAACAGAAGAAGAAAGAAAGACAAGAAGAGAUUGAGAGAGAGAGAAGAAAGAUAAUGGAGAAAUAUGAGUUAAAGUUAGCUGAACUUAAGGCAGAGCUAGAGACACAUUCAGACAAGAGUCAGAAGAAAGCGAACAAAGAUGAUGACAGUUGUACAGUUCAGUAAACGGAUUUGGCAAACAUGUCAAAAGUGAGGGGACAUAAACACAUAAAAGACAUUUCUAAAUGGAUCAGCCUUUUUACAAGGAGACAGUUCACAUGUGUCUAAAAUAUAACUUGCUUCUCAUUUACAAUGAAGAACUUGAGCACACAAAAGACACAACAUGUGAACGCCAAAUUCAAAUCCCCUAAAAACACACACAAUUCUCUUGAAAUGACCAUUAUAUUACUUGUAUUUCAGAGAUAAGAUAUCCCCCAUGAGUGGUUCUUGAAAACAGGAUUCUUUUUAGAUAGAUUUCAGUUUGGCUGAAUAAUGAUACAUUUCUCACACUUUUAUUAAGUGUAACUAUUUUAUUGUAUUUUAUUCAUUUGGAGUUCUUUCACAUUUCUUCUCUACAUGCACAAAACAUAAUUUAUAUACCCUUAUCAAAAGUCAAAUUAAAGUUUCAUCUCUGUUCAUCAUCUGUAAACUAGGGAUCUUGUUCUUAUGGGAAAACAAAUGUCAUUUUGCUUUCAGGACAGUAUAAAGACCUUCAAGAUUACUGGAAAAUCUGGUGUUUUGCAACAAGGAGGUUGUUUUGGUUUAUUUGAUCAUAAAAUAUUUUGUAUAUUGCAUAUAAACAGCUGAAGAUGGCCGUUGUUUUUUCCUUCAA